GCCCCCUUGGAGCCUCGGACUCAGCAAUGGGACGUGUUCUCCUUUAAGAGUUAAGAAACUUGAAACCUUGUUUGCGCAACAAUCAGCGCCGCGGAGCCGCCAAAGUGUCUAGACUGGCAUAUGAUGGGAGGCAGCCAAUGACUCCGCGGCGCUCCUCCGGGGGCCCUCAGUGUGCGUUUGAGGAGAACAAAAAAGAGAGAGGGCGCCGAGCGGGGGAGCGAGCGAGGGAGCCGAGCCCAGAGAAAGAGCCGCCGGGCGCUGCCUCGCCAAACCUCGCUGGGACCGCGGGGCCACCGGGAGGCACUUUGGUGGAGGGGGGAGGGGGGGCGCCCUCGGCAGCCGCGGCGCCCGAAGCGACCCAGCGCAGCGUGGGGCGGGCUGCGACCUCUGCCUCGGUGGAUUGCAUUUUUAAUUAAGGAUUCCUAGCAGCUCUUGGGAAUUUUUACGGCUUCCACUCAGGUGUUGACACCCGCGUUCAGAAGAGAUUUACCCCAAGUGCACCGAGCGCCCGGGACCUGAGACGGAGUUGCUUUUCGGAUCUGGGAAUUAUCCACAAGCCUGAGCUUCGGAUCCUGCAGGGAAAGCCCAUGCAGGGUAGCACUGGGCUUUUGAAGGCAGAGUUGUGCAGACACAUUUGGGGGUACAACGCAAGCGCUUUGUGCUUGUGUACCAGCCACACAACUUUUGAAGGCUCGCCGGCCCAUGCGUGGUGUUUCUAGCAUCGCUUCGCCCGCGACUCCCCGAAGGCUCCAGGGCGGCUGGAGUUGAGCAGUCCCGGCCCACCGCGGUCCAUGUAGCCCGCUGGUCCCGCGCGGACUGCGGCUUGGCGCGCGCGUGUUCCUCUUUCGCUGGCCUGACCUGCAGCACGCAGUGGAGCUGAAACCCCUGUGCGGCUGCCACAGCUUCGCCGCCGCCGCCGACGGGCCCAUGGUGUGUUGCAACCCCUACCACUUCAGCCGGCUCUGCGGGCCAGAAUCACCGCCACCCCCCUAUUCUCGGCUGUCUCCUCGUGACCAGUACAAGCCACUGGAUCUGUCCGAUUCCACAUUGUCUUACACUGAAACCGAGGCCACCAACUCCCUCAUCACUGCUCCGGGUGAAUUCUCAGAUGCCAGCAUGUCUCCAGACGCCACCAAGCCGAGCCACUGGUGCAGCGUGGCGUACUGGGAGCACCGGACGCGCGUGGGCCGCCUCUAUGCGGUGUACGACCAGGCCAUCAGCAUCUUCUACGACCUACCUCAGGGCAGCGGCUUCUGCCUGGGCCAGCUCAACCUGGAGCAGCGCAGUGAGUCGGUGCGGCGCACGCGCAGCAAGAUCGGCUUCGGCAUCCUGCUCAGCAAGGAGCCGGAUGGUGUGUGGGCCUACAACCGGGGCGAGCACCCCAUCUUCGUCAACUCCCCAACGCUGGAUGCGCCCGGAGGCCGCUCCCUGGUCGUGCGCAAGGUGCCACCGGGCUACUCCAUCAAGGUGUUCGACUUUGAGCGCUCAGGGCUGCUGCAGCACGCAGACGCCGCCCAUGGCCCCUACGAUCCACACAGCGUGCGCAUCAGCUUCGCCAAGGGCUGGGGACCCUGCUACUCACGACAGUUCAUCACCUCCUGCCCCUGUUGGCUGGAGAUACUCCUCAACAACCACAGAUAGCAUCGAGGCUGCCACUGCGCUGCAGCGACCCCCCCACCUCCAGGGGUCAGCACCCAGAGACGCCACCCCAGGGACAACCUCGCCCUCCCCUCAGAUAUCAUCUACCUAGAUUUAAUAUAAAGUUUUAUAUAUUAUAUGGAAAUAUAUAUUAUACUUGUAAUUAUGGAGUCAUUUUUACAACGUAAUUAUUUAUAUAUGGUGCAAUGUGUGUAUAUGGAGAAACAAGAAAGACGCACUUUGGCUUGUAAUUCUUUCAAUACAGAUAUAUUUUUUUCUUUCUUUCCCUCUUUCCUUUUUUAAAGAAAAUUAUACAGCAGAACUAGGUGGAAAGCCUGGGUUUGGUGUAUAGUUUUUUAAAAAUAUUAAUGCCCAGACAAAACUAAUACCAGUCACUCUUGAUAAUAAAGUGUUUGCAUUAUA